AUGGCGCUCGAAGCGACCGGUGGCUACAUUGCCGGCGCGCAAGAUGACUCUCAACUUCCCAUCUUCGACGUGCAGAAGGUGCAGAUGCGCUUUGAUAUCUCGGCCGACUUCGUAGCAGCAGCAGUCGCAAACAAUGUUCUCGUCCUCGCUCUCUCUACCGGCCGAAUACUACGAUUUGAUCUCGAGCGACCCGAAGACAUUGACGAUAUCGACCUCCCUAAACGGCCAGCAGAAAUCGGCGUCAUUCGCAAGCUAUUCCUCGAUCCGUCAGCAUCGCAUCUACUCAUCUCGACCACUUCCGGAGAGAACUACUACCUCCAUACACAAUCACGGCAACCCAAGGCGUUAGGGAAGUUCCCAAAAGGUGUACAAAUAGAGAGCAUCGCUUGGAAUCCGUCAGAGCCGACAGCAUCGACUCGGGAAAUUUUGAUCGGGAGCGCGGAUGGACAUGUGUACGAGACAUAUAUCGAGCCGAAUGCGGAGUUCUACAGGAAUCAAGAGAAGUACUUCAGAACGGUAUACAGCCCGCAGGACGGGCCAGUGGUGGGACUGUUCGCAGAUGUGGUGUCUACCAGACCUGAGACACGGCGAGUGCUGGUAGCCACGCCUCAAAAGUUGCUACAUUUCGUUGGGAGGACAGGUGGAAGAGGAUACGAGUCCAAUGGAUCAAUAUACACCAAGCUCUUUGAAAGCGAAGUUCCGACCGUGCACGAAGUGGAUCGGACUGGCGGAAUCUCUCCUUCCUGCCUGGCUGUAUCGCCGGAUUCUCCAGAUGCGCUGUCGUCUUCAUUAGAGGGGCAAAGCAUGGAGCGAGCAUAUGCAUGGCUGAGUGCGCAGGGUAUAUUCCACGGUAACCUCACUACCUCAGUGCCGGAUCUGGUGUCGCUUGGAAAGCAGGUCUUCCGCGAGUCAAAGUCCUUUCCACGAUCAAAAAUGCCGGCAAUACAAACAGCUGGCGGUAGAAGCCGUGCAACACAGCCGCCCAUUUCCUCGAUGGUCCUGACACAGUUUCACAUGCUUGCGCUCGUGGAGGGCACUUUGACUGCGACCAAUCGCUUGGACGAUACAGUUGUGUAUAGCCAGCAGAUCCUCGAGACCAGUGCGAAUCUUGGUCUUUUCGCUGAUCAACAGAAGAACACAUUUUGGCUAUUCACGGCCCAAGAGAUUUUCGAAAUCGUUGUGACUGACGAAGCGAGAGAUGUCUGGAAGAUCAUGCUCAAGCAGGGCCAAUACGAUGCUGCACAGAAAUACGCCAAGACUGCCGAGCAGAGGGACGCUGUCGCAUCGAUGACCGGAGAUCACUUGAUGUCGCUAGGCAAGUAUGCGGAAGCUGCAUUGGUCUUUGGAAAGAGCACGAAGGCCUUCGAGGACGUUGCGCUUGGCUUCAUCGACAAAGGCGAGCAAGAUGCGCUUCGAAAAUAUCUCACUGUGAAAUUGUCAAUACUCAAGAAAAGUGCAAUUAUGCAGCGUAUGAUGCUUGCUAGUUGGCUGCUUGAGCUGUACAUGGCCAAGCUAAACCAGCUGGACGACACGAUUUCGACCCGAGCCGAGCUCACUGCGGAUGGAUCAGGCACCACAUCAAGCGAUACCGAGAGGCAGUUGCCUGUUUCGCGGAAAGAAUACCAAGAUUUUGUCACCAAGCACAAGUCCGACUUGGACCGUAAGACAGCCUACGAGAUCAUCAGUGCUCACGGAAGAGAAGAAGAACUUCUCUUCUACGCCAAUGUUGUCGAAGACUACAACUACGUCCUCUCAUACUGGGUGAACCGAGAACGAUGGACGGAAGCGAUGUCUGUGCUCAAGAAGCAGACGGACCCCGAGAUGUUCUACCGCUACAGUACUGUCCUAAUGGCUCACGUCUCCGUUGAUCUCAUCGACGUCCUCAAACGUCAGGCCAACCUUGACACCAAAAAGAUCAUUCCCGCUCUCCUCAACUACAACAAGACCGCCGGCUCGUCCGUCUCCCUCAGAGACAAUCAAGCAAUCCUAUACCUCCGCUUUUGCAUCGAUCAUCUCCUUUCCACCGAGCCGGCCGUCCACAACACGCUCAUCUCCAUGUAUGCCGCCCACCCCACCCGAGAUGAAUCUGCCCUCCUCACCUACCUUGAAACCCAAGCCCGAAACCACGACCAAUUCUACGACGCCGACUUCGCACUACGCCUCUGCAUCGCACACAAGCGCGUCCAGUCUGCCGUGCACGUUUACGAAACGAUGCAGCAAUACGCCUCUGCGGUCGACCUUGCGCUAAAAUACGACGAAGUCGAACUCGCCGCCUCGGUUGCCGAUCGCGCUGGCACCGACGACACACUUCGCAAGAAACUUUGGUUGAAAGUCGCGAAGAAAGUCAUCGGACAAAAUAAAGGCAUCAAAUCCGCCAUCGAGUUCCUACGCCGCUGCGAGCUUCUUCGCAUUGAAGAUCUCAUACCUUUCUUCCCGGACUUCAUCGUCAUCGACGACUUCAAAGAGGAAAUAUGCGCGGCGCUGGAAGACUACAGUCGACAGAUCGACGACCUGAAACGGGAGAUGGACGAGUCGGCAUCCACGGCAAAACACAUCAAGGACGACAUCAAAGCUCUCGAUCAGCGAUACGCGAUUGUCGAGCCAGGCGAGAGGUGCUGGAAGUGUCGACUGCCGUUGUUGAUGAGGCAGUUCUUUGUGUUCCCUUGUCAGCAUGCGUUCCAUGCGGACUGUUUGGGUGAGAUGGUCAUGCAUGCUGCGGGUAUGGGGAAGAGUAAGAGGAUUCGAGAACUGCAGAAGGAGAUUGGACGAGGUGUCGCUUUGGGGAAGAGGAGAGAGGGUAUGGUCAGAGAGUUGGAUGGUUUGGUCGCUGGAGCUUGUGUACUCUGCAGUGAAAUGGCUGUCAAGCAAAUCGAUGAGCCGUUCAUUACUGCUGCUGAUGAUAGGAACGAGUGGGCUUUGUGA